AUGCGUUGCAAUCGAUCGGCCAUCGAGUCGUCAAUCUGCAUACAUUUCCUACUGAUGGUCCUGGUUUUUCUAUCGGCGUGCAUCGAACGAGCCGAGGGAAGGAGAUGCGUGUGCACCAGCAAGGCCUGCAAGAAAGCCGGGGUGGACACGUGCAAAACGAAAUUUUCCUGUUACACGGAGCUGAUUCUGACUGGCGGUCAGAAAUUAGGGGAGAACGCCACUACGAGAGGAUGUACAGAGGGUGCCACACCAUUGUUGUGCGAGACAAAGUCCUGGGUCACGAGGUCGAAGUCGACCGACAACGUGGACCGAUCGUCAGCUCCCUGGAACCAUAUGACUUGGCCCAGAUUGAAGUGUUGCGACAGCCACGACUACUGUAACGCCAAUCACCGCGUGAAUGUCUCCACGUGGAUCCACGACGAGGACAGGACCGAUCUAGAGGAACCUACCGUCGACUAUGAUGGCACGUUUAAUGGGAUAUCAUCGCAUCGAGACGUAAUGGGAUCGAUCCGGCCCGAUCCAGGGGCGAUCGCCGGAGGUCGGGAAUCAUCCGAUCAGCUUCUUCAGAAUCGCGUUAAGCCGCUCCACGUCGCCGCUCUGGUCUUGGCGAUCGCUGCCCUGAUAUCGGUCCUAGCAGCCUGCUACGUUAUUACAAGGUUCUUGAAGACGAAUCCGUACACUGCUGGAAGUGUAGAGUAA